AUGUCACGAGCUCAGGCACCCAACCCCGCGGGGUCCCGCAAGAUCUCCUUCAAUGUGAGUGAGCAGUACGACAUUCAGGAUGUGGUUGGCGAGGGUGCUUAUGGAGUUGUUUGCUCGGCAAUUCACAAGCCUUCAGGCCAAAAGGUGGCCAUCAAGAAGAUCACUCCCUUUGACCACUCCAUGUUCUGUCUGAGAACCCUCAGAGAGAUGAAGCUUCUGCGUUACUUCAACCACGAGAAUAUCAUCUCCAUCCUGGAUAUCCAGAAGCCCCGAAACUAUGAGACGUUCAACGAGGUCUAUCUCAUCCAGGAACUCAUGGAGACGGACAUGCACAGAGUUAUUCGCACUCAGGACCUUUCCGACGACCAUUGCCAGUACUUCAUUUAUCAGACCCUGCGUGCUCUUAAGGCUAUGCACUCAGCAAAUGUCCUCCACAGAGAUCUGAAGCCUAGCAAUUUGCUCCUGAAUGCCAACUGCGACUUGAAGGUUUGCGACUUUGGUCUCGCACGUUCCGCCGCUUCGCAGGAGGACAACUCGGGUUUCAUGACUGAAUACGUCGCCACCCGUUGGUACCGUGCCCCCGAGAUCAUGUUGACCUUCAAGGAGUACACAAAGGCCAUUGAUGUCUGGAGUGUUGGCUGUAUUCUGGCUGAGAUGCUCAGUGGCAAGCCCCUGUUCCCCGGCAAAGACUACCACCACCAGCUCACUCUGAUCCUGGACGUUCUGGGAACUCCGACCAUGGAGGAUUACUACGGCAUCAAGUCGCGCCGUGCCAGAGAGUAUAUUCGCUCGCUCCCCUUCAAGAAGAAGGUUCCCCUGCGCACCUUGUUCCCCAAGACGUCAGACUUGGCCCUGGACCUGCUGGAGAAGUUGCUGGCCUUUAACCCAGUUAAGCGCAUUACUGUCGAGGACGCUCUCAAGCACCCGUACCUUGAGCCUUAUCACGACCCUGAGGAUGAGCCUACUGCGCCCCCGAUCCCCGAGGAGUUCUUUGAUUUCGACAAGCACAAGGACAACCUGAGCAAGGAGCAACUGAAGCAGCUCAUCUACCAGGAGAUUAUGCGGUAA